AUGUCAAUCUCAACGCCCCUCACCUCCCUCCUCAACAUCCAAAGCCCCGUCCUCCUCGCAGGCAUGGCAAAGGCCUCCGGCGCACCCCUCGCAGCCGCAGUGUCCAACGCCGGCGGUCUCGGUGUCAUCGGCGGCCUGGGCUACACCCCAGACCAAAUGAACGAGAUGCUCACGGAGCUCAAGUCCCUGCUCAAGGACAAAUCGCUCCCCUUCGGCGUCGACCUCGCCCUCCCCCAAGUCGGCGGCAACGCCCGCAAGACAAACCACGACUACACAAACGGCCAGCUCGACCAGCUCAUUGACGUGGUCAUCAACCACGGGACGAAGCUAUUUGUGUGCGCUGUUGGCAUCCCGCCCGCGCAUGUGAUCAAGCGUCUCCACGAUGCCGGGAUCUUGAUUAUGAACAUGGUGGGUGCGCCGAAGCACGCGGAGAAGGCGCUCAAGGCUGGCGUGGAUAUCAUCUGUGCGCAGGGCGGAGAAGGUGGUGGACAUACUGGAGACAUUCCGUUCUCUGUGCUUAUCCCGGCCAUUUUUGAUACGGUGCAGAAGUAUAAGAGCCCGCUUACAGGACAGACGCCGCUGGUUGUUGCUGCUGGAGGUAUUAACGAUGGGCGGAGUCUGGCAGCUGCCUUGACGCUGGGCGCGGCUGGUGUGUGGGUGGGGACAAGGUUCCUGGCCACGGAAGAGAGUGGUGCGAGCAAGCUGCAUAAGGAGGCUGUUGUCGGCGCGCAAUAUGGGGAGACCAAGCGGACGCUUGUUAUUUCUGGACGACCGCUACGGAUGUUGCCCAACGACUACAUCAAAGAAUGGGAGAAGAAGCCCGAGGAGAUUGCGCGGUUAACGGCGCAGGGUAUUGUGCCAAUAGAGCAUGAUUUCAAUAACGAUAAGGACUUUGAUAUCCCUUACCUCAUGGGUGACGUCUCUGGCAUCAUCAAGGAGAUCAAACCUGCGGGAGUGGUCCUGAAGGAGAUGGUUGCGCAGGCCUCCGAUGUCUUGAAAAAGAGUGCCGCUUAUGCGACGGGCCCUGCGAGCAAGCUUUAA